AUGGGCCAGUGCAGGCGCAUCUGGAGGAAGUGGAGGGUUCGGUACCAGCGGAGGAUUCGGACCAGUGGAGGAUUCGGAGGAGGAGCUCCUGGAGGAGGAAGUGGAUUCGGUGGGGCAGGCGGUGGAGGAUUCGGAGGAGGAGCUGCUGGCUCGGGUAGUGGAGGUUUCGGUGGUGGGGCCGUCAGUGGAGGAAGUGGAUUCGGAGCAGGUAGUGGAGGAUUUGGAAGUGGAGCUACUGGUGGAGGAUUUAGCGGGUCAUCAGGAUCUGGUGCCUUCGGAGGAUCUUCGGGCCCUGUCGUUCCCAUAAUUUCGGACAACCGGGAAGGACCCGAUGAGUUCGGAAACUACAACUUCAACUUCGAAACUGGAGACGGCAUCACGCGCCAGGAGGUGGGGGCCCCGCAGGGACCGGCCGGCGCUGUGGCCUCUCAAGGAGCGUGGGCAUUCACUUUCCCCGAUGGAACCCCAGCCGAAUUUAGCUUCGAAGCUGACGAAAAUGGUUACCGCGUCGUGUCCGACCUGCUGCCCACGCCCCCUCCCCUCCCCGCCCACGCCAUCGCCCAGAUCGAGAAGGCUCGUCAGGAGGACGCCGCCGCUGCUGCUUCUGGUGGACGUUACAGUGGCCAGUCAGGCUCUGGUUCAGGAUUCGGCUCAGGCUCUAGCCAAUCAGGAUUCGGCUCAGGUGCUGGCCAAUCAGGAUUCGGUUCUGGUGCUGGCCAAUCAGGAUUCGGCUCUGGUGCUGGCCAAUCAGGAUUCGGCUCUGGUGCUGGCCAAUCAGGAUUCGGCUCUGGUGCUGGCCAAUCAGGAUUCGGCUCUGGUGCUGGCCAAUCAGGAUUCGGCUCUGGUGCUGGCCAAUCAGGAUUUGGCUCUGGUGCUGGCCAGUCAGGAUUCGGCUCUGGUGCUGGCCAAUCAGGAUUUGGACAGUCAGGCUCUGGUUCCGCUCAGGCACCAAGCCGAACUUAUGGCUUACCUUAGGUAUAUUUCCUUUCUCAGCGACUCGCAUGCAUUACAAAGUCAUGGUGGCUGCAGAUCUCAAAGGUCUGUGACACGAACAAUACGCUUAUAAUUAACUUAGUCUAAGAAAUAUUGUUAAAAUAAAGAAUACAGAUCA